AUGAUACAAUUGCUGGUGAUGGGGUUCCGGUGGCGGGACCAGAGGGAUUUUGAUAAUGGUGGUGACAAUGGUGGACCAGAGGGGCACGCGAUUCGGACGCAGAUCGCCGACCGUUUUUCCGUCCCCACACGUAGAAACCUUCCUUUGAAUGCAAUUCAAACAUCCAUAACGCCACUCUCUUCUUCUCUGCCUCCAUAUCCUUACUUAAACCUCACAAAUGCUUCACAUCCUCACCCAUUAAAUGAUCAGUUUUCCCAUCCAAUGUCUCGUCGCUUCAGCUUCACGCUCUCCCUCUCCCUCUCCCUCUCCCUCCUAAUCCUCUGCGCUCAGGUCCGCGCUCGCUUUCUUUCUUCCUCCUCUGAUCUAGUUUCCGAUGGGAUCCAUGAUUUCCGGGAUUCGCCGGAGGACAAUCUGCUCCGGUUUUCCCUGCCGCUGACGGAGUCUACCUGCGACCAGACGUACGGGUUCUUGCCCUGCACCACCAGUGUAGUCGGGAACUUGUUCCUUAUCAUCGUCUAUGGCUUCCUCAUGUACAAGGCCGCUACCUAUUUGUCCUGUGGCAGCGAGCUGUUGCUUGAAAUCUUGGGCCCGGGGAUCGUUGGUGGCUUGUUUCUUCCCAUUCUUGGCGCCCUGCCUGAUGCCAUGCUCAUUCUCGGAGUUUUCCGCCUCUGCUCAUUCUCAAUCUCGAUUAAGAUUUUCUUUAUCUGUUCGAUUAGCUGGAAAGUGUCACCGAACUUUCCUUCUCUCCGGACGGUAAGUUAAUUUUGUCUGUGGGCGUCCUGUAACCACUUUCUAGCUCCAAGCCUCCAAAGCAGUUGUUCAGCUUGUACCAAUCUUAUUCCUAACCCAACCAAACCUGACCA